AGAUUCGAAUAAUUUGUUACUACUGUCAUAUUAAAUUUAAAUUCAGCAUCGUCGUCAUCUUUUCCGCCUAAAUUCACGUUUCAUUAGCAUGACCUGCCAGUCGUACCCACCACCAACAAGAAAAUGUAUGAAACUCAUCUAUGCUAGACAAAUUUUUGAUUCCAAAGGUGUUCCAACGGUUGAAGUAGACCUUAUUACUGAUUUGGGUUUAUUCAGAGCUUCAAUUCCUUCUGCAAAUAGUCAAGGUCCUUACGAUUGUGUUGAAAUCCGAGAUGAAAACGACAAAGACUUUCAUGGAAAAGGUGUCUGCAAGGUGGUUCAUAAUAUCAACUCAAUAAUUGGUCCUGAGCUUCUAAAGCAAGAGUUUGACGUCACGGAACAAGAGAAAGUUGACCAGUUCUUAAAAGACCUCGAUGGCACAGAGAAUAAAUCAAAAUUUGGAGCAAAUUCCUUAUUAGGAGUUUCGCUAGCUGUUUGUAAGGCAGGAGCUGCCAAAAGAGGUCUACCGUUGUAUAGACACAUAGCAGAUUUGGCGGGUAUAAAGACCGUUGUGCUUCCGGUUCCCGUUUUUAGUGUUAUGAUGGGCGGGCAACUAGCGAGCAAUAAAUUGCCAUAUAAGGAGUUCAUGAUACUUCCCACAGGAGCUACAUCGUUCGCAGAAGCCAUGAAGAUGGGGACCGAAACCUACCAUUGCCUAGCCAAAAUUCUCCGGGAUAGAUAUGGGGUAGCAGCAGUAACAGUAGGUGACGCGGGAGGCUUUGUUCCAGCAAAUAUUAAAACCACGAAAGAAGCACUUCAGUUCAUAGUUAGAGCUAUCCAAGCUGCAGGGUACACUGGUAGGGUUCAAAUUGGUAUGGAUGCAGCUGCUUCCAAAUUUCUUGUUAGAGGUCUUUACGAUCUAGACUUUAAGAAUAGAAAAUCUGAUCCAAAGAAGAGAAAGAAACCUAACGACAUGCUUAAAAUCUACACAGACAUGGUAAAUACUUAUCACAUUGUAUCAAUACAAGAUCCAUUUGACAAAGAAGAUUUUCACGCUUGGGCAAACAUUAACUCCAGGCUGCAUAUCCAGAUCGUCGGAAAUGAACUUACUGCAGCAAACCCACAAAGAAUAAUGACAGCCGUAAAUGAAAAAGCUUGUAAUGCGUGCGUCUUAAACUUGAUUCAGAUUGGCACCGUAAGUGAAGCAAUUAGAAUACACUUAUUGGCUAAAGAAAAUGACUUAGGAACCGUGAUCUGCCACAGCGAUGGAGAAACAGAAGACACGUUUGAAGCAGACUUUGCCGUGGGGCUGUCGAAUGGGCAAGUUAUUUUUGGAGCACCUUGUCGAGCUGAACAUCUAAGCAGAUACAAUCAAAUUCUCCGCAUUGAAGAAGAACUGGGAAAAGAAGUUCGCUACGCUGGCCAAGCUUUUAGGAGACCAUUAUAAAGCUUAGAUACAAUAAACAUU